GGGGACUUCCCUGUUCGAACACCCAUAUCCACACGCACGGCUAGUGGAAACAAAUCAACUCUGUUUUGGCGCCAUGCGGCGUAGUUGCUCUGCACUUUGCCUUCACUUUGGCAGACCGACAAACGCGACCGCGACUCUCGGCCAGCUCAGUUCAGGCCAGAACCGUUCAGAGCCGGAGAGCCGGGCCAAAAGGCAGCCAGCUAGUUUUUCUUCAGUUCCUCCUUUGGCUCUUAUUGUACACGGGUUUGUUGUUUAGUGUGCCAUUGGUGCUAACAACGUGCGGUUCGGUCUUGCGGUUUACUCGCCGCCCCGGUAGAGCCUGAAAGCGGAAUAAAAUCUAGCCCGAUUUGGGGGCCUAAACAAAAGGUGCACCCUGCAUUCAAAGCAGAUCUGCGGAUUACACAAGUUGCCCCGCAUUUGGGUUCCUUGAACUCCCCGGAGUAUCUUUUCGGGGUUGUGUAAGCCCCAUUUAGUCGGCUGCACUUUGAAGGCGAUUACUAUAAAUAUUAAUAGGAUUUAUUGAUUGGCUGUCGGAGGGGCCAGAAGCCAGAUCGUCGAGUGAGGCUAGUCCUUAUCCAUGUCCUUUCUCUCGCCCACACUGCGCCUGGAGAAUCUGUCCACGCAGCCCACGAUGACGCAGGAUCAUGUGCCCGAGGACCAGCGCUACAACAAACAGAAUAUCGUGGCCCAGUGGUGUGUGCCCAUCAAUGGCAAGAUGUACCGCAUCGAGCUGGAACAUGGCACCACCAGUGGGCGGCGCAUGAUUUGGGUCAAUGGUCGGGAGGUGCUGCGCCGCGACUGGAUGUUCAAGCUGGUGGGCGAGGACACCUUCCACAUCGAUCAGACGCGCUGCAUCAUACGCGUGGAUCCCGCGCCGGGCUUCAAGUACGAGUACUCGCUGUACAUCGACGGCAAGUCCCACGAGCAGUACACCGAGGACAUGACGCGCCAGUAUCGACUGUGGCUCUACACAUGCGACUCGGCUGCGGAACCGCCUCCGCAGGAGUACAGGAUAAUGCUCAAGCUGGACACGCUGAGUCUGUACGUAAACGAUGAGCUGCGCACCGAGGAGUCGGCUUUCGUUUGCGGCGGCACAGACACCAAGUUCCUGCUGCAGGACACGGAAUUCGUGCUUCAGGCACGCUCAAGUGGCAAUAAACAUGAUGGCAUCGUUCACACCCUGCUGGCGAAUGGGGUGCCAGUUCCGGAGGCGAAGAUUCAGGAGAUUAUGCAAGAGCCGGUCUCCAUUUUGCAGAGCAACUAAGGACUACCCACCCACACACACCACAUAGGCUAGCGUUUUGCAUUUGUUGAAUUUUUCCC